AUGAGGGUGACCUCGGAGCAUUGCAACAAGGAGUGUACCUUCUGGCAGAUGCUUCUGCUCACAGCCUCCUUCUUAACCUGCUGGCUUCUGCCAACCACUGCCCAAGUCACCAUCGAAUCUUUACCAUUCAAAGUGGUUGAAGGAGAAAAUGUUCUUUUACGCGUGGACAAUCUGCCAAAGAAUCUUAUAGGCUUCGCCUGGUACAGAGGGGUGAAAAAUUUGAAGUUUGGAAUUUCACUGUAUUCACUGACCUAUAGCAUAAAUGUGGAAGGGCCUACACACAGCGGUAGAGAGACAUUGUACAGCAACGGGUCCCUGUGGAUACAAAAUGUCACCAAGGAGGACACAGGAUAUUACACCUUUCGAACCAUAAGUAGACGUGGAGAAAUUAUAUCAAAUACAUCCCUCCAACUUCAUGUGUACUCCUCUCUUUACAUCUGUCAGCGUCCUUAUAAACCUACACAGCUCAUUAUUGAAUCUGUGCCACCCAGUGUUGCUGAAGGGGGAAGUGUUCUUCUCCUUGUUCACAAUCUUCCACCAUAUCUUCGAUCGCUUUUCUGGUACAAAGGGGUGAUUGUGUUUAAGAAGGUUGAGAUUGCCCGACACAGAAGAGCCAAAAAUUCAUUUGAGCCGGGCCCUGCCCACAGUGGUAGAGAAACUGUGUACAGAAAUGGAUCCCUGCUGCUCCAGAAUGUCACCUGGAAAGACACUGGUUUCUACACUCUACGAACUCUGAAUAGAUAUGGAGAUGUGGACUUAGCACAUGUGCACAUUCAGGUUGACACCUCCCUUUCCUUGUGCUGUGACCCUCUCAACUCUGCCCAGCUCAUGAUUGAUCCUGUGCCACCGCAUGCUGCUGAAGGGGAAAGUGUUCUUCUUCAUGUCCAUAAUCUCCCCAAACACCUGCAAACCUUUUCCUGGUACAAAGGAGUGUAUAGCACUCAGGCGUUUAAAAUUGCAGAAUAUAGCAUAGCGACGAAGUCCAUCAUCAGGGGCCGAGCACACAGUGGAAGAGAGACAGGGUACACCAAUGGAUCCCUGCUGCUCCAGAAUGUUGAUGAGGAAGACACGGGCUUCUACACACUAGCAGUGAUAGACAGCAACUUCAAAAUAGAAACAGCACAUGUGCAAGUCAGUGUGAACACGCUUGUGACACAGCCUGUCCUGAGAGUCACAUACAGCACAGUUAGAGUCCAGAGCUCAGUGGUUUUCAGUUGCUUCUCAGACAACACUGGGAUCUCCAUUCGUUGGCUCUUCAAUAAUAAGAGUCUGCAGCUCACAGAGAGGAUGAUGCUGUCCCCAUCAAAGUGCCAACUCAGGAUACAUAGUGUCAGGAAGGAGGAUGCUGGAGAUUAUCAAUGUGAGGCAUUCAAUCCAAUCAGCUCGAAGACCAGUCUCCCUGUCAGCCUGGCUGUGAUCAAUGAGUGA